UGGGGCGCGGAGUUUCCCGGGGCGCUGGUUGCAGCUCGGGGGGGGGGAGUUUUGCCAGAGGCGGCAGGAGCGCGGUGCAGGGUCCCUGCGAGGCAGACGGGGGCAGGGUAAAGUCGGAGUCGAUCCUGGUUCUGCCCCGUCGCUUCGCCGCCCUCCCUGCCCGGGGGCUCUAGCCCCGGCCGGGUGCCCCCGCUGGCGGGGGGUGGCCGUGCCCAGCGGCCCCGGGGCGGGGGCAGGACUAGCCUCCCGGGGGCCGGGAGGAGGAGCCGGGCAGCGGCUCCCGGCGGGAGCGCAGAGCUCAGUGUCCCGAUGGCCCUCGCAGCGCAGGCGGCCGGGCUCAAUGUCACCCGGCUGGACGGGGACUGGCAGAUUUACUCUGCUAUAAAAUGGAUACAGUUUGUCAUGGCCACUUUAAGUGUUAUAGGUUCCAGCUCAAUUAUUGCCUAUGCUGUCUUUCAAAAUGUAGUGAGAUCCCCAGAGGUGCGCCCUCUGUUCUACCUGAGCCUCUCUGACCUGUUUCUGGGGAUGUGCUGGCUCAUUGGGGCGCUUCUCUAUACCACGCCAACCACAAAUCAAGAUGUUGUCUGCUAUAAUCUUCAAACAACUGGUCAGAUAUUUUAUGUAGCCUCUUUUCUGUACACUGUCAACUAUACCUGGCAUCUGUACAUGGAUUUAAAGGUGAAAUACAAUCAGAACCUGUACAGCAUGUCCCCUCUGGCUUUAGAUCAUGCAAAUUGCAUUGGCCGAAUAGCAACAAUUUUGUCCAGCGUCAUCCCUUUCCUAUUAAUGGUUCCUGUGUUUUGUCUGGGCAACAGCAGUGAUUGCUACCAGAACUUCAGCCAGAACAACGGGUGUCUCCUGAUGCACACAGAAGCAGCCAUGCUCACUGGCCAGCUGCAAACCCACGGUGGCUCUGUUUGUUCUGUGAUAUAUUUCUAUGGUGUUGGAGUCUUCCUGGUCUCUUUCCUGAUCAGCUUCAUAGCCAUUAUGGUUCUUCUCAUCCAAGCCCGAGCUUUGUACAAAAGGUUCAUAAACUCAACAGGAUUCCUGGGUGAUCAACAGUGGGCAAUGAUAAAGAUAGUGGAACAACGAGUGGUUUUCUACCCUAUCGCUUUCUUCUGUUGUUGGGGCCCAGCCAUCCUCCUCGGAAUAGUGAAGUUGACUGUUUCAGUGAACAGCAGAAUCUGCAUGGUUCUUUAUAUUCUACAGGUCACAAGAACGAAAAUAAGUAAGACCUCGUCUCCUCACCCUAUUAGGGCUUCUAGGUGCUGGAAACACUGUGAGAAGAUCAGAUCUUAUGUUAUUCUGGACCAUAAAUGGAGUUCUAAGGCAUUAAAAACCCUGGUGGAAUAGGUCAAAUGCAGACCCUAAGAUAAAGAACUUUAUUUGGGUCCCCUUGAAUACUGCUGUUUGGGUUUCUACAGGACCUGAAUGCAUAACCUUGGUUCGUGACACUGUUAGCAAGGAGUUUUCUUGGAAGGCCACCUCUUGAUACCACUGAAGCUGCAGUUAGCACUGGGCACUAAAAAAUUCCAAAAUUCAUCUGUCACACUGGGAUGUAGACAGAUAAAAAAUUCAAAGAAAAACGGAGGCACAGUUUUAUGAACAGACAAAUGUGCAAACUGUUUAAUCUGUUAGGGCCAGAUAUUAAUUAGCUUACAUUUCUGUAGUGCUUUUCUUCCCCUUAGGAUUCCCCAAAGCAUUUUGCAAACUUCACUCUGAUACACAAACUAUACCCAGGGAUCAUUUCCGCUCCCACUGAAUGGCAGCUGCCCCUGAGGUAGAACCCAGUAGCUGUUUCCUAGCCCAGAACAUCACCACACUGCAGUUGAGGCCAGGAAGACAUGAAGAAUCCUGUCUCCAACUGAAAGAGCAGAGAAAAUGCAGGGAGACAAAAUGAUUACCCUGACAUUUGGCCAGGACAUCAAAGUUAAUAAUCAUCCUUUUGUGAAAAGAACCAGUGGGGGUUUUAUAACCAUGAGUGGUCAGGGCCUUGGUUUGGCAUCUCACUCAGAAGAUAGCAACUCCAGCAGCACAGCAUUCCCCUGGCACCACACAGGGGUCAAUACUGCCUCAGAGGGAAGAGGGCCAGCUACUGAAUCAUAAAUAUAAUUUCCUGCAGCAGCCUGUGGUUUCCUCAUCUAAGCACCGAACAAACUCGAUUCCACUGAGUUUGGUGAGCGCUCAAAGUGGAACGGCUAAAGGCAGAUUUUGAAACUGGCCUCGACCAUGGCACAUAAACGCCAGGGUGGUUGCAAACAAGCAUCUGCUGUGGAAUGGAGCUUCUACCUACCUGUUUGUGCCCACACAGGUUGUGGGCACAGUCUUUGAGGGCACUUUGAAAACAGGACAGGUGGAAGGAUCUAGCACUGAUUCCAAAAGGUCUGUGUCUGUGUGCUGAAGCACACUUAAAGCUUGAUGCGAAGCCCGCUCAAUGGGCUUUGGAUCAAGAUCUCCUGAUAGGGCUCUUAAAAUUCAUUCCAGUUUCAAGGAAAUACUGCUUUUCCUUGGAAAUGUGUCCUUCUGUGGGUUAGCUGAAUCCAGUAACAGAACUGCAGCUCUGAGUCUAGUAUAGACCCUGGCCCAGUGGGCAUGGUGAAACCUACGGAUUAGAAGUUAACCA